CUAUCUCUCUCCAUUUCUUUGCCUUUCUGUUUUUGGUCUUUCUCCAUCUGUUUGAAGAUCGACCAUGCCUCACAGAUACGAUGGUCAGAGCAUGAGAGAGAGGUUUCAGGAAACCCUCUCUGCUCACCGGAACGAGCUUGUUUCUCUCUUCACUGGGUAUGUUGCUCAGGGGAAAGGAAUACUGCAACCACAUCACUUGAUAGAUGAGCUGGACAAGGUUGUUGGAAAAGAUGAAGGAAUGCAGAAGCUCAGGGAUAGCCCUUUCAGCAAAGUCCUAAAAUCUGCACAGGAAGCUAUAGUUCUGCCUCCAUUUGUGGCCAUAGCGAUUCGCCCAAGACCUGGUGUUUGGGAAUAUAUUCGGGUUAACGUCUAUGAACUCAAUGUGGAUCAAUUAAGUGUUUCAGAAUAUCUUCAAUUCAAAGAAGAGCUUGUGGAUGGACAGAUCAAAGGAAAUUAUGUGCUUGAGCUUGAUUUUGAGCCAUUUAAUGCAACAUUUCCGCGACCAACCCGGUCCUCAUCCAUUGGGAAUGGAGUUCAGUUCCUCAAUCGUCACCUGUCUUCAAUUAUGUUCCGCAACAAAGAAAGUUUGGAGCCUUUGCUUGAUUUUCUUCGAGCACACAAACAUGAUGGGCAUGUGAUGAUGCUGAAUGAUCGCAUACAGAACAUAUCCAGACUUCAGUCUGCUUUGGCAAGGGCAGAGGAAUAUCUUUCUAAGCUCCCACCACUUGCACCAUAUUCUGAUUUUGAAUUUGAACUACAGGGAAUGGGCUUUGAGAAAGGUUGGGGUGACACAGCACAACGUGUCUCAGAGAUGGUGCAUCUUCUCUUGGAAAUCCUUCAGGCUCCUGAUCCCUCUACCUUGGAGACAUUUCUUGGGAGGAUUCCUAUGGUGUUUAAUGUUGUCAUUGUGUCUCCUCAUGGAUACUUUGGCCAAGCAAAUGUGCUAGGUUUGCCUGACACAGGUGGACAGAUUGUUUAUAUACUGGAUCAAGUGCGUGCCUUGGAAAAUGAGAUGCUUCUUAGGAUACAAAAGCAAGGACUGGAUGUCAUUCCUAAAAUUCUCAUAGUUACCCGACUUAUACCUGAUGCAAAGGGGACCACAUGCAAUCAGAGACUUGAAAGAAUCAGUGGUACAGAACAUACACAUAUUCUUCGAGUGCCUUUUAGAACAGAAAACGGUAUUCUGAGGAAAUGGAUCUCAAGGUUUGAUGUAUGGCCAUAUCUGGAGACCUUUGCAGAGGAUGCAUCAAAUGAAAUUGCUGCCGAGCUACAGGGAGUUCCAGAUCUGAUCAUUGGCAACUAUAGUGAUGGGAAUCUUGUUGCAUCUUUAUUAUCUUAUAAGAUGGGAAUUACGCAGUGCAAUAUUGCUCAUGCUUUGGAGAAAACAAAAUAUCCAGAGUCUGAUAUAUACUGGAGAAAAUUUGAGGAUAAGUACCAUUUCUCAAGCCAAUUUACUGCUGAUCUAAUUGCAAUGAACAAUGCAGAUUUUAUAAUCACCAGUACAUACCAAGAGAUUGCCGGCAGCAAGAAUCAUGUUGGACAGUAUGAGAGCCACACAGCCUUCACUCUUCCAGGGCUGUACCGAGUUGUUCAUGGCAUUGAUGUUUUUGAUCCCAAGUUUAAUAUCGUAUCUCCAGGAGCAGACAUGUCCAUAUACUUCUCAUACUCAGAAAAGGAAAGGAGACUAACUGCUCUACAUGAUUCUAUUGAAAGCCUCUUAUAUGAUUCAGAGCAGAAUGAUGACCACAUUGGUAUGUUGAGUGACCGAUCAAAGCCUAUUAUCUUUUCCAUGGCAAGACUUGAUAGAGUGAAAAACAUAACGGGGCUUGUCGAGUGCUUUGGAAAGAGCAGCAAACUAAGGGAACUCGUAAAUCUUGUUGUGGUUGCUGGUUACAUUGAUGUGACGAAAUCAAGGGAUAGAGAAGAAACAAAAGAGAUUGAAAAGAUGCAUGACCUUAUAAAGAAAUACAACUUGCAUGGUCAGUUUCGAUGGAUACCAGCACAAAUGAACCGUGCUCGUAAUGGUGAGCUCUAUCGCUACAUCGCAGACACAAAAGGUGCUUUUGUGCAGCCUGCCUUUUAUGAAGCUUUUGGGCUUACAGUUGUGGAAGCAAUGACUUGUGGGCUUCCUACAUUUGCUACUUGUCAUGGUGGCCCUGCUGAGAUUAUCGAGGAUGGUCUCUCAGGAUUCCAUAUCGAUCCAUAUCAUCCUGAUCAGGUUGCAUUGCGUUUAGCUGACUUCUUUGAACGAUGCCAGAAGGAUCCUAGCUACUGGGACGAGAUCUCUAAUGGAGGGCUUAAACGAAUCUAUGAAAGGUACACAUGGAAAAUAUAUACUGAGAGACUACUGACACUGGCUGGGGUCUACGGGUUCUGGAAGCAUGUGUCAAAGCUUGAGAGGCGAGAGACUCGGAGAUAUCUGGAAAUGUUUUACAUUCUCAAGCUCAAGGAUCUGGCGACUUCCAUUCCACUAGCUGUUGAUGAACACUGAGGUUUAGGCAAAGGAGCUGUGUCUGCUUGGCCCCAGUUUCUUUUUCCCUUUUGUUCUAUCUUUGGCUUCCUGUUUGUUGUUAGUAUGUAUUUGUAUGAAAGACAUGGUAACCUAUGAGUAACAAGUUCUCUUCUCAGUUAAACAUAGCCGUGGCCCGCAAGAAGAAAAAUUCUGCCUCAAA